AUGGUACCACCCCCGAAACUCCCUCUCCCCAAACCAUCCCUAUCCCCCUCCUCCACAUCCCCAUCCACCCGCUGGCUCGCCAUCCAAACCCGCGACCCCAAAUUUACCAACGCCUUCGUGUACGCCGUCCUCACAACAAAAAUCUACUGCCGCCCAACCUGUCCCGCGCGUCUCGCCCGACGAGCCAACGUCCGGUUCUACGAUACAGCUUCGCAGGCUGAGCUUGCAGGGUUUCGCCCCUGUAAGCGCUGCAAACCCGAGAUUGUCAUCAACAAUAGCAACAACUUGUUGGGGGCGGUGCAGAGAGCUUGUCAGACUAUCAGGGCUUCUGUGCAGGCGGGUUCAAAACCGACGUUGCGGAUGCUGGCGGCGGAGGCGGGGCUGACGCCGAGUCAUUUUCAUAGGGUGUUUAAAAGGGUGAUGGGCGUUACGGUGGGGAGGUAUGUGGUUGAUGUUAUAAGGAAGAGUGGUGAUGGGGAGGUGUUGGAGGGAUCGUGUAGGGAUUGGGUUGGGGGUGAGGGUGAGGGUGAGGAUGCUGGAAAUUGGCCCGUGCUAUGGAAUGACUUCGAUGUUUUACUAGCCGCUGAGGAGGAGGAUGGGUUCGUUGUUCCUACUACUGUUACAAUGCAGGAUGUACAACCUGUAGUGCCGGUGCAGGAUGAGGAACUUCUUGCUUGGCGUGCAGUAGGUUCUUACGGCGUUGGGGGAGGGUGUUCGGUUGAUGAAACGCUUGCAUUGGGUCAUGAAGCGCUGUAG